AAGUGUCCGGCAGAGAGUCAUUAGGCAGCACCGCGUCCCCGAGUGUCCUUAGCGGAGCACAGAAACCGCCCCGGGCAAGCCAACCAAUCGAGUUAUGUGUCGUCCGAGUUAUUGCACACUGCUGCUAAUCGCGGCGUCCUUCUACGUCCUUGUUUGCAGCCAGGCCAAGUCCCUGCAGGGCACGAGCAAACUGGAUUUGGCAAAUCACAUCAGCGCUACCUCUGGCAGAGGAUCAUCAGGACCAGGAACAGGACCAGCAUCAGCAUCCGCAUCAGCAGCAGCAGCAAGGACAUCAAUGAACGAGGCUCGGCAUAAGCGCGCCAUGGGCGAGUACAAGGAGCUGACUGACAUCAUUGACGAGCUGGAGGAGAACAGUUUGGCCCAAAAGGCGAGUGCCACUCUGCCACUGAACGCCGUGCCGCCGCAGGGCCAGGAAUUCGACUUGGAGAGCAUGCCGCCGUUGACCUACUACCUUCUGCUGCAAAAGCUGCGCCAGCUGCAGAGCAGCGGCGAGCCCGCUUAUCGCGUGCGCACGCCACGCCUUGGCCGCAGCAUUGACUUUCAGCAGCUACUGGACGGCGGCGACGGCGGUCGCAGCUCUAGGGGCUUGGAAGUGGGCGUGGCUCUGGCGGGCAGCGAGGAGGCCACUGGCGGGCAGUUCAUGUCGCGCAUGAUAAAGAAAUCGGUGCCGUUCAAGCCGCGCCUGGGAAAACGUGCUCAAGUGUGCGGCGGCGGUGGCGGCGGCGGAGGAGAUUAAGUCACGACAAGGACGCCAGGACACCACACUGCGGAUGCGAAUGCGGACACGGACAUGGAAUGCGGAGGACGUUCCCAGGACAAGGUUGAGGCCAGGCUCGAACCAACUUAGACAUACUCCCACAGACACUUAUGACGGCAAGCGGAAUUCGAUGCGACGCAAAAAUAAUCCACCUAUGAAAGUAAAUGACUAGUUUAUGCUGUUAGCUACCUACAACCGUGUUUUGAGAGGAUCUAAUGAUGUGUAUAUAUAGUGCAUACAAUAUAUUUAUUAUUUAUUUAAAUAAAUUGCAGCUCCCAAAA